GCGGGAGGGAGAAAUGACGGACUUAAUGAAGAAAUGGUAGUGAGAGCCUGCGGAGUGUUAUUGUGGAAACCCAAUUUAAUUUUCCAGAAUUCAUACUCAUCAGUCUCUCCCUCCUUUUCCUCCCAUUUCUCAUCAUUUAUGCCUUCUUCUGUUCGUAUCGCAGUCGUCGGAGACGUCCAUGACGACUGGGAACUAGAGGAUGAUUCCAAGGCCUUACAAUUUUUACAGCCGGAUUUGGUGCUCUUUACAGGUGACUUUGGCAAUGAGAAUGUUGAGCUUGUCAAAAGUAUUGCAGAGCUUAACAUGCCUAAAGCAGCAAUACUUGGAAAUCAUGAUUCAUGGUUUACUCGUCAGUUCUCACAUAAGAUGAAAGAUGGAGUUCAGGUUCAGCUAGAAUGUCUAGGUGAAGAGCAUGUUGGAUACAAGCGGUUGGACUACCCUACGUUGAAGCUUAGUGUUGUUGGUGGCAGACCAUUUUCUUCAGGAGGUAAUCAGUUAUUCAGGAAGAAGCUUCUGACUGCUAGAUAUGGAGUCCGUAACAUGGGAGAAAGUGCAGAUAGGAUUCACAAAGCUGCUAAAGGGGCUCCAGAAGAGCAAUCCAUUGUAUUUCUUGCACAUAAUGGGCCGACAGGUCUUGGUUCUAGUAUGGAUGACAUAUGCGGCAAAGAUUGGGAGUAUGGGGGUGGAGACCAUGGGGAUCCAGAUUUAGCCCGAGCGAUAUCCUUACUAAAAGAGACCAACAAUAAUCCCAUCCCUAUGGUUGUUUUUGGGCACAUGCAUAAAGAAUUGGCAUAUGGAGGCCUCCGGAAAAUGAUAGCCUUUGAUGCAGACAAAACCAUGUACCUGAAUGGAGCCAUUGUUCCAAGAGUGAAAUAUUUGGAUUCUGGAGGUUCUAUUCGGGCCUUCAUUAUUGUAGAAUUUUCAAGUGGUAAAGUGAUGAAGGUAGCGGAAACUUGGGUUUCAGUGAUUAAUGAUAAAAUCUUGUUAGAAGAAGAGCUUGUUUUGUUUAGCAGCAAUGAUGAAACCGCUUAAGUAUAUUCAUGUCAAGAGUAACAUAGAUAUUUGUGGUAAAAAUGAUGCACGAGUAGUGAUGGUGUAAUGUUCAUGACUAUAUCUAUAACAGUGAUCAAAAUUUGGAUAGUGCUGGCUCUGAAAACAAAAGCGUGUAUUUGUAAUACAAAUCUCUUCUUAUUUA